AUGGAUCGCACGCGACGAAACGCGCUUUCGAUCACAACGACACGGAAAACUGAUCUAUCUGUACGCGUGUCCCGCUUUCUUAACCUACUCGACUGUACCACCGACGACGACGACGACGACGACGGCGAUGAGGACGACCGAGUGUCCCAACGACCAUACCACCGCUCCGCAGCAAUCAAUACGCAACAAUGGACCGGGACCAAUAAGCUCAAAGCUUUUCUUGACGUAGACGCACGCUCCGUUGCUACACUCUAUUCCCCCACCGCUUCUCGUGCUCUAAUAACAGAGCUUACCGUCAGAGGGCGCCAUAUCGAACAUCGCUGCGCCAAAGCAAAUCUAACCCCUGUCAUAGCAACUUUAAAUCCACUAAAUGAUUCGGUUUGUGUAUUCUAUCAAUGUUUGUGCAUUAUAAGUAGAUACAUGUGUGAUUAUGAACUGAGCUUUAAAAAAUAA